AACUGUGUCGCCCUUCUGUAUGCUUGCUUAAUUAUUGCUCUCUACUCUACUACUUUCAUUAUCAUUAUCUCUCCAAAUAAUAUAAAUAUUUAUCAUAUAUAUAUACCCUCAUCCGCCUCCAUUCUCCACACCAUCCUGUCUCACUCAAAUCCUUUAAGUAAAACUACUUAAACAAGAAGGAUGCAGCGUCUGGUGUGGCUAUGUCUGUGUGUGUUAGCAAUGGCGGAUAUCGCCAUGGGAGCAGCUCCAAAAAAGCCGGUGGCUGUGCCUUUUGGUAGGAACUACGUACCCACCUGGGCAUUCGACCAUAUCAAAUACUUCAACGGCGGUUCCGAGAUCCAGUUGUCUCUGGACAACUACACCGGCACCGGCUUCCAAUCCAAAGGCUCCUACCUCUUCGGCCAUUUCAGUAUGCAGAUUAAAAUGGUUCCCGGAGAUUCCGCCGGCACUGUAACCGCCUUCUAUCUUUCCUCCCAAAACUCGGAGCAUGACGAAAUAGAUUUUGAGUUCUUGGGGAACAGAACAGGGCAGCCGUACAUUUUACAGACUAAUGUUUUCACCGGCGGGAAGGGUGACCGGGAGCAACGCAUCUAUCUCUGGUUUGACCCCACCAAAGCUUACCAUUCUUACUCUGUUCUCUGGAAUCUUUACCAGAUUGUGUUUUUUGUGGAUGAUGUUCCAAUCAGGGUGUUUAAGAACAGCAAAGAUUUGGGAGUGAGAUUUCCAUUCAACCAACCGAUGAAGAUAUACUCGAGUUUAUGGAAUGCCGAUGAUUGGGCGACCAGAGGUGGGUUGGAGAAGACCGAUUGGUCAAAGGGACCUUUUGUUGCAGCAUACAAGAGUUUCCACAUCGACGGCUGUGAGUCAUCGGUAAAUGCUAAAUAUUGUGCGACCCAAGGCAAACGGUGGUGGGACCAGAAAGAGUUUCAAGAUCUCGAUGCUUAUCAGUGGCGCCGUCUCCGGUGGGUGCGUCAACAGUUCACCAUUUAUAACUACUGCACUGAUCGGAAAAGGUUCCCGACCAUGGCUCCGGAAUGUAAGAGAGAUCGUGAUGUCUAAAUUUCAUAAAUUUCCACUCAAUUUGCAUACAUUUUAUUAUAUAUAAUGUAUUUCUAUGGUGAGGAUCGGAUUUAGAGGAUAAGAUCCAUCUUAUUUGCUAUAUAUGUAUUUUAUGUUAUUGGAUUAUUCCAUUGCAUCUCAUAUAAUUAUUAUUAUUAUUUUUUUA